AUGAAGCGGUCUUUUUUGUUUCUGACAUUUUCUAACAAUACGGGUCAUUACGGGCCCCCGGUAUACAUGCCUCUGGAGUAUGCGAGCCGCGUUACGAAUCAGAAACAAUUGGUAUUUACACACCCAAAAGACCCAAAGUAUGGAUGGAAUACACAUGUACAUGAGCUAGCUUCCCUUCAUCCAGGUAUUUUGGGACCAGGUCGACGUACACCUCAAUUGAAUUGGUAUAAUCGCGGCGGUAUAGUGUGUGAGAUACCUCCUGUUCCUGUUUAUCGUCAUCACAUAUGGUGCCAGGGCCACUCACAUUAUAUUUUGCAGCAUCCAAAGAUUUUUAUUAAAUGCCCUCGUGGUGAGGUCGUUUGCUGCAAAUGGUGUCGCCUUAAAUUUAUUAAUAUGUCUACUGAUGAGGACAAUGAUGAUGAUUGGAGGGAAGAGGAACAAAAGAUUGCAACUACCCCCGAGGCCGCUGAUGAUUUGAUGCAACCUAUACGUGACGUUGGUGGAGUGCUGCGUGAUCGGCCAUUUCAAGACGGAAGGGAGCCAGAUCCACAUGUGUAUCGAGCCGUGUUCAACCCUGAGCGACACCGAUGGAAGCAUCCUCACCACAAGUAUGAGGUGCAUCCCGCUUAUGCUGGAUCUAGUACUAGUAGUAGCAGUGCAGACCAUUCUUGUGGUAGAGAGGGUGGAAAUAGUAGUGCUGCAGUUCAUUGA